CUGGCUGGGCCGGGGGCUUAGCGGGCGGGAGCUAGUCUCCGGGGGGGGGGGGAGCCACCGGUGCGGGGCACGCACCGCGCGCAGGGCUGAGAUCUCCGUAUUUCCGGGAGGCCGCUCAGCCGGCGGGGGCUCCGGGAGCGCGGCGCGGAGCCCUCUGAGCGGCACGGCAGACCGGGCGGCGGCGGCGCCGGGCCCUGCCACCCUGCCGAGCCCGCCGGGAUGGGCAGCAGCUCGCUGUCCGAGGACUACCGUCUGUGCCUGGAGCGCGAGCUGCGGCGGGGCCGCGCGGGCGUGUGCGGGGACCCCUCGCUGCGCGCGGUGCUCUGGCAGAUCCUGGUGGAGGACUUCGACCUGCACGGAGCGCUGCAGGACGACGCCCUGGCGCUGCUCACCGACGGUCUGUGGGGCCGAGCCGACCUGGCUCCCGCCCUGCGCGACCUGGCCCGCGCCUUCGAACUCCUAGAACUGGCCGCCGUGCAUCUGUACCUUCUGCCCUGGAGAAAAGAGUUCACCACCAUCAAGACCUUCUCUGGAGGCUAUGUGCACGUGCUGAAGGGUGUGCUCUCCGAGGAGCUCCUCAUUAAAAGCUUCCAGAAGAUGGGCUACGUGCGCCGGGACAACCAUCGCUUGAUGGUGACUGCUCUUCCUCCUGCGUGCCAGUUGGUACAGGUGGCCCUGGGCUGCUUUGCACUUCGGCUGGAGUGCGAGAUCCUGGGUGAGGUGCUGGCACAGCUGGGCACCAGCGUGCUGCCAGCAGAGGAGCUGCUGCAGGCACGGCGGGCCAGUGGGGAUGUGGCCUCCUGUGUGGCCUGGCUGCAGCAGCGGUUAGCCCAAGACGAGGAGCCACCGCCCCUGCCCCCCCGGGGCCCCUCUGCAUUUGGGGUCCCAUUAGACCUGUACAGGGACCUGCAGGAUGAUGAGGGCUCAGAGGAUGCCAGCCUGUAUGAAGAGCCCUCACCAGGACCAGACUCACCUCCUGCAGAACUGACCUACAGGCCACCGCUCUGGGAGCAGAGUGCCAAACUGUGGGGGUCUGGGGGCCAGUCCUGGGAUCCCCCAGCUGAGGACUUGUCUCAGGCCAGCAGCUCACCCUACGGGGCCCUAGAGGAGGAGCUGGAACCCGAGCCCUCUGCCUUCUCCUUUCUCUCUCUGCGCCGUGAGCUAAGUCGGCCUGAAGACCUGGCUGUUCCUGGGAGCCCGGGGCGGGCCAGCCCCCGGCACAGCCUGGUAGAGGAAGCACCGGCCUCAGCCUAUGCACCUGUCCCUGAACCCCUGGGCUACCAAGCACACAGCUGUCUGGCUCCUGGAGCCCUGCCCACCCUCUGCUGUGACACCUGCCACCAGCUACACGCCACCCACUGUGCAGCCCUACCAGCGUGCCGCCCAGGCCACUCACUGCGAGUACUACUGGGUGACACCCAGAGGCGCCUGUGGCUGCAGCGUGCACAGGUGGACACCCUACUGUAUGACAGCCCUGGGGCUCAUCCCUGAGCCCACCUCGGCCCCAAGUCAGAUGUGUGCAAGAGUUUCCAUGGUGCUUCUCUUGGGGAGUGGCUUGGGCUAUUGGCUGCUCUGGCCCUCUAUCCCCAGGGGAGUCCAAGCUCCACUCACUGGGAGGGGGUAGAGCCUUCAAGUCACUCUAUCUGAGGUCUUAGCCUUAGCUAGUAGCUGGUCCUAAGCUCCCAGGAGUCUGUGUCCUCAUGCCCAGAGGUGCUUGGUAGAGGGCCAAAUCUGUCCCGUUAGAAGCCUACCCACAGCCUAUGGCUCAGGACAUGGCCUCCAGGUGGCCUCUGAGGACCCUAAGGCUCUCCUGGCAUCACAGCCUGGAAGUGCCCAGGGCUGUCGAGGUCUGGCAGCGGGAGAUGCUGGCUGAGGAAAGGACCUGUCCUCUGGCAGGUCAGAGUCCUGCAGCCGUCCCACUGGCCAGCUCUGUCCAUGAUGAGGCUACCCCACAGCUGCCAGGCAGCACGACAGAGACACAAAGGGAGAACCAUGGCCCCUAGCCUGGAGGGGGACAACCACCAUUCUGCAUGACCCUCAGCUCAGCUUGCUCCCUGUCCCUGCCCCUGCCCUACUCACACACUACUCGUGUUGCACAGUGCAUU